AUGACAAUGAAACGCAAAUCUUUUGUCGAAGAGGACGGUGACCUCGAUGACGUAUUGUCAAGAAAGAGAGCUCGGUCACCGCAACGAGAUGAUUUAAAUGAGACCGAUUUAAACGUUACCCCCUCGAAACCUCGAUCCGCCAGACGGAAAACCAAUGGGACCUCUAUUGAGAAAAUAGGCAUUGGAUCCUUUGAAGAUGCCAUUACACAAGAAUCCCUACCAAUUGUCGAAGCGGUGACACCGAAAAGUGGCCGCGGACGACCCAAAGGAAGCAAGAACUUUCCAAAACCUGAUGGCGCAACACCAACACCGAAGAAGCUGCCCAAAGGGAAGACUCUCUUUGCUACGCCAUCCAAGCCUCUGGGCCUUCUCACUCCGUCCAAGGCGCGCCAUGCGGCAGAUCGCUCCGCCCGCCGGAAAAGCACUCGGACAUUGAUCGAGAGGACUAUAAACGGGGAGGCCAGCUCUGACGAAGACGAUGAUAUUAUUUCUCGAUACAUAUACGACUCUGACAAGGAAGAGCAGGCCGAUGCUGGCGAAAGUGAACCUGUCCAACCCGACGGCGGACCAGCCGAGCCAGCUGUUCCAGAAACACCCUCAAAAAGGGGUCGUGGCCGUCCAAAGGGUUCAAAGAACCGCAUCCGUACACCCAGUCCUCCCCGAGAUAUGCCCCCACACGAGCUAUUCUUUGCACAGAAUCGGGGUGCGGCAAUGAAAACCUCGAAUAAUAACCUCUCAUCUCUUCGGCUUCUGGAUCACGAAGAAUACUUUACGCUUCUACGCUCCUACGAAGACCCCCACGCAAAGGACCUGGAGUUUCUGAGCUCUAUCCAUGCCCGCUCAUUCCCGCAGUGGGACUUUGAACUAAGCCAGAAUUUUAAUAUAUGUCUCUAUGGCUGGGGUUCAAAGCGCGAGCUCCUCACGUCAUAUGCGAAUCACAUAUAUGCUCAAAACAACGAAGCCAAAAUCGUGGUAGUCAAUGGGUAUAACCCAAGCACAUCCAUGCGCGACGUUCUCAACACGAUAUUCUCACUAAUCCCCAACGCCCCCAAGAAACUCGGAACCCAACCAUCCGAAGUCCUCGACCGCCUCCUCACCCACCUCUCCACAUCCGAUGUACGUAUCACGCUCCUCGUGCACUCUCUUGACGGCCAACCCAUCCGCCGAGCAGCCACGCAGUCUCUAUUCGCGCGCCUAGCCGCACACCCUCAAAUCAGCAUCAUCGCCUCCACAGACCACCCGUCCUUUCCCCUGCUCUGGGACAGCUCGGCACGAACAUCUUUCAACUUCCUAUUCCACGAUUGCACGACCUUCUCAACGUACUCUGCAGAAGUUGAUGUCGUUGACAGCGUACUCCAGCUCCUAGGCCGUAGCGGGCGCAGGGUCGGCGGGAAGGAGGGAGUCGGUUUCGUCUUGAGGAGUUUGCCAGUUAAUGCGAGGAGCUUGUUUAAGAUCCUCUGCGUGGAGCAGUUGAUGGUUAUGGAUGCUGGUGGGGGGAUGGAUGGUUUUGGCGGCGCUGGUGAUGAGAAUGGUGAUGAGGGGCAUCUUGGAGAACGGAUGGGGGGUUCUAGAUCGGCUGAGGUUGGGGUGGAGUAUAGGACCUUAUACCAGAAGGCUGUGGAGGACUUUGUGUGUGGUGAUGAGGUGUCGUUUAGGAGCUUGUUGAAGGAAUUCCAUGACCAUCAGAUGAUCACGUCCCGCAAAGAUGCUCUAGGAACCGAAAUCCUCUCCAUUCCAUUCAGGAGAGAGGAACUGGAAGCUAUCUUGGAGGACUUGAUGAGCUAA